UUUUUUUGAUAAAAAAAUAAAAAAUAACCACAAGCAAUCUAGGGUUCUUGUGAGGUUUAUUAGUCUCUCUCUCUACACGCCAAAACAAACACAAGGGUGUUUGUUGAAUUGAAUCACAACAGAAACCAGAGAGAUGAGAAGUUGGUUGGCUCCUUCAUCUCUUGCUCCAUGGUCGAUCCGAUCUCUCGCAUCCCAUAGAUCUCGCUCCUCAGCUUCGACCUCACACUCUCAACCCCAAAUCUUCAACGCAAAUUCAACCUCCCAACCAGAGCUUUCUCACAAACCCAUCUCAGAGUCUCAACUCUCCGAUUUUCUCGAGAAAUCCAUUUCAGAAACUGAACAAUCCAGGUACGAAUUCACUGAACCCAUUUCACAAAACCCGGUUCUUGAACAAACCCAUGUGAUACAAGUUCUUCUAAGCCAUAGAAAUAACCCUGAUUCAGCUUUGGAGUACUUCAAAUGGGCCGAGAAACGGCGCGGUUUCGUCCGCAUUGUCGACCCCUUUUGCCUUUUGCUCUACAUUUUGGUGGGUUCGCCGAACCAUCAUGGCAUUGCUCGGCAUUUGCUUAACCAAUACGUUUUGGGGGAUUCAGGUCCCUCUGCUAGUGUUCUUGUUGAUCACUUGGUUGACUGCUCGAGAAAGUUUCAAUUUGAGUUAGAUUCACAUGUUUUUAAUUAUUUGUUGAAUAGUUAUGUUAGGGCUAGUCGAAUCGAAGAUGCGAUUUAUUGCUUUGAUAAAAUGAUAAUAAGCAAAAUAGAUCCAGGAAUUGAGUAUAUAAAUAUUCUCUUGACUGCAUUGGUUAGAAAAGACAUGAUUGGACAAGCUCGAGGUUUGUACAAUGAUGUAGCCUCCAGAGGAUUUAACUAUGACUGUUUUACCAUACACGUGAUGAUGCGUGCAUGUUUGAAGGAAGGGAAGACCGAUGAGGCAGAACGGUACUUUAGAGAAGCUAAGGCUAGCGGGCUUAAGCUCGAUGCAGCGAUAUACAGUACUGCUAUUCAGGCUGUUUGUAGAAAACCUAAGUCGAAUGUGGCAUGUGAGUUGUUGAAUGAGAUGAAGAAAAUUGGGUGGGUUCCUUCUGAGGGCACAUUUACAAGUGUGAUUGGAGCUUGUGUGAAGCAAAGGAACAUGGUAGAUGCUUUAAAGCUAAAGGAUGAAAUGGUUAGUAGCGGAAAGCCGAUGAAUUUGGUGGUUGCAACUAGCUUGAUGAAGGGGUAUUGUAUGCAAGGUGAUUUGGAUGGUGCUUUAAAUUUGUUCAGUAAGAUUGUUCAGGAUGGAUUUACGCCCAACAAGGUCACUUACUCAGUUCUGAUUGAAGGGUGUUGUAUGAAUGGAAACAUGGAAAAGGCAUCUGAAUUAUAUGCCCAAAUGAAACUUGAAGGUAUCCAGCCAAGUUUCUAUAAUGUAAAUUCGUUGAUACGAGGACUUGUGAGAGCCCGGCUGUGGGAGGAGGCAUCCAAGCAGUUUGAUGAGGCAGUUGACACUGGUAUUGCCAAUGUUGUCACGUACAAUAGCAUGAUAUUCUGGCUCUGCAAAGAGGGUAAGGUGGAAGAAGCCAGCAAUGUAUGGAAAAAGAUGGUGAAUAAGGGAGUGGAACCAAGUGUAGUUUCAUACAACAACCUGAUACUUGGCCACUGCAGAAAAGGGAAUAUGGACUUAGCGUCACAUCUAUUUUCUGAGAUGUUGGAAAUAGGUUUCAAAGCUAAUGUAGUCACGUAUAGCAUUUUGAUCGAUGGUUAUUUUAAGAAUGGUGAGACUGAACGAGCCCUUGGCAUGUUCGACCAGAUGGUGGACUUGGGAAUUGCUCCUACUGACUUCACAUUUAAUACAAUCAUCAAUGGUUUGUGCAAAGUUGGUCGCACAUCUGAGGCAAGGGAUAUGCUGAAGAAGUUUGUGGAGAAGGGUUUUAUCCCCAUCUGUAGAUCUUACAAUAGCAUUAUCGAUGGCUUUAUCAAGAAGGGUGCUAUCACUAUUGCAUUAGAUGUGUAUAGAGAGAUGUGUGAAUGUGGGGUUUCCCCCAAUGUUGUCACUUACACCAGUUUGAUUGAUGGGUUCUGUAAAAGCAAUAAUAUAGAUAUUGCAUUGAAACUGAGGAAUGAAAUGAGAAACAAGGGUCUUGAAUUGGAUGUCACGGCAUACAGUGUUCUCAUUGAUGGAUUUUGCAAAAGGAGGGACAUGGAAAAUGCAUGUGAACUCUUCAAUGAACUCCUUGAAGUUGGGUUAUCUCCUAAUGCAGUUGUUUAUAAUUGCAUGAUCAGUGGCUUCAAAAAUCUGAAUAACAUGGAAGAAGCACUUGCAUUGCAUAAGAAAAUGAUUAAUGAGGGGAUCCCAUGUGAUUUGGCAACAUACACUACAUUGAUUGAUGGGUUGCUGAAAGAGGGAAAAAUACUUUUUGCAUCAGAAUUGUACACUGAGAUGCUUGCCAAAGGUAUUGUGCCUGAUGCCAUCACAUAUACUGUUUUGGAACACGGUCUUUGUAAGAAAGAGCAGCUAGAGAAUGCACGGAAGGUAUUGGAAGAGAUGGACAAGAAGAGUAUGACUCCUAAUGUUCUUAUUUAUAGUACAUUGAUUGCUGGAUACUUCAAGGAGGGGAAUUUGCAAGAAGCUUUUAGAUUGCACGAUGAGAUGCUUGACAGAGGUCUUGUACCUGAUAAUACAACUUAUGAUAUUCUUGUAAGCGGAAAGUCUAAAGAAUUAACUUCCCUGAUGGGGCUUCAAGUGUCUAAAUAACCAGUAAAUGGUUAUUAUUUACAACAUACAUCCAGAGUUUUGGUCUCUCAAAGGAGAAAAUUACCUCCGCAUGUGAUAUUUAUCAUUUUCAUGUUGAGUGCUUUGAUCCCACCCUAGCUCAUCAAGGUGAAAAAAACCGAGGAUUGGCACAGAGACUUCCAAUAUUCACUGGAUCUUCAGAGUCCUUUAGAGGUCCAAAGGGUUUCCAGGACUCCAUCUGGUUUGCUAAAUCCAAGGAGAUGGUUACGUCUGAUGUUUUGGGUUAGGGCUCUGUUCAACUUGAGCUACCCAUCUGAAUUAUUAUGCGGCCGUUUAUUAGACACUCUCCUCGAGGUAAAAACACACGGGCAAAUAACCAGAUUGAGCACAUACGGCUUUGUUCUGUAUUGGCAUUACUAAAACGGCUAUCAAUUGUUGAAGUUUAAUUUUAUAGUUUAAAUUUUUUCAAAUACUCUUCUAGUAGUUGCUGCAUAAAAGAAGACCCGGCCAUAGUUUCUCUGUUUUAAAUAGGUGAAAAAGUCCUAUCCUCUUGUACUUGUUGGGAAGAAAAAUUAACUGUUCCUAUUGUAUCAAAUGAGCAGUGUAGUUUUUCCUUGAGCUCUUAAGCCUUUCAAAGUAGGUUUUUAUUUUUUAUUUUUUUUAAUUUAUAUACAUAUAUAUAUAUAUAUAUGUAAUUUACCCAAAAAAAAUACUAACAGAACAUGUAUUCUUGUUAGAAGAGGGUAUGAAUGCUAUAAGAUGAGAUAUGUUUCACGAA